UAACUACUUAUUUGGUCUGAUUUGCUGCUCCAUGAAUAUGAAUAUUCAUUUCUACAAAUACUUGAAUGCAAAAGAAGAAAGAUUAAUAAAAGGAAUCCUUUUAAAAAUCAAAUCUAUAAAUAUACACAUUACAAGACUAAUCUGACGAAAACACACAAACAAAAGUUAUGACGUCGUUUGUUUCCGUGAUUUCUCUUCUUCUCUCAUUUUCUCUGGCUAUUUUCUCAGGUGCUGCGUCCUUCCAAAAAUUUCCAGUUCCGGGAAAAAGGUCAGGCCCUGAAGCUUUCGCCUUUGAUUCCACCGGAAAAGGUUUCUACACCGGAGUUUCCGGCGGUAAAAUCUUUAAAUAUCUACCGGGGAAGGGUUACGUCGAUUUUGGCUAUAUCACAGUAUCCUCGAAGUCGCAAUGGUGCGAUGGAGCACUUGGAAUAGCUUAUAUGAGUAAAUGCGGCCGGCCGGCCGGAAUAGCAUUCAACAACAAAACAGGAGAGCUCUACGUGGCCGAUGCUCCGUUGGGUCUCCACGUCAUUCCUAGUGGUGGUGGCUACGCCAAGAAGAUCGCCGACAGGGCUGACGGCAAGCCCUUCUUGUUUCUCGAUGGCCUCGACGUUGAUCCCACAACCGGGGUCGUCUACUUCACUUCCUUCAGCUCAAAAUUUAGCCCUGGCGACGUGUUAAAAGCAGUGGCAUCAAAAGACGCUUCCGGGAAACUCUUCAAGUACGAUCCAUCAAAAAGGGUCGUGACUGUAUUGCUCGAAGGUCUAAGUGGCUCAGCCGGUUGUGCCGCUAGCUCAGACGGUUCGUUUGUGCUGGUUAGUCAGUUCAUCAAGAGUAACAUCAAGAGGUAUUGGAUCAAGGGGUCUAAAGCUGGUACUUCUGAAGACUUCACUAAUGCGGUCUCGAACCCUGACAAUAUCAAGAGGAUCGGUUCUUCCGGAAACUUUUGGGUUGCUUCGGUAGUGAACACAGCCACCGGACCAACAAACCCGUCAGCGGUUAAAAUUAACUCUGAUGGUAGAGUGCUUCAGACAAUUUCGGUGAAGGAUAAGUUUGGAGAUACUUUAGUCAGCGAGGUUAACGAAUUCGAAGGAAGGCUUUAUGUCGGAACUCUGUCUGGUCCUUUUGCCGGAAUUAUUGACCUUUAAACUAAUUUUAUGUAACAUUAGUGUGAUCAGAUGGUAAUAAAAAUA